UAAGAAAAAAUCAACUGUUUUAGAUUGAAGGUAUUUGAUAGCUUGUGUGUAAAACUUAUAAUACUGAAGUUUUAUUAAAAUGUCGUCCAAACGUCACAAGAUUGAAGUUGAAAUUAUUCGGAUUCGAAACGAUGGAAAUCUACUUAAACAUAAAGAUAUUAUAAAACAAUUAGCUCAUAAAUGUGGGGACACUGACCCAGUAGUAAAGUACUUGGAUAACUUUGUUAAAAUUCAUGAAUUCUUUAUUGAACAUGAAUCAGAUACUGUGUCAGCUUUGAGAAACUCUACAGUUUUGGACGGGUUUAAAAAUAAACUCACUGAAGCUCGGAAACAAAAUUUUGACCCAAAAGAUUCAUUGGUUAAUGUUUUUAUUGAAGCGUCUCUUCUGCUUGCUAAACUCUGUUACUCGCAAGCAAGUUUCCAAGAAUGUGUAGACAUUUACAGCAAUGUUAAUUUGGCUGGUUUGGAAAAUUCAGUAACAGACCAUUACAUGGUAAUUAUCCUUUGCGAGGCCUUUGCUAUCAAUGGUUUAUGCUUAGAGCGCUCAAGACUGAAAGACCCAAAGUUUAAAUCGGAUGUAGAGGCCUUGGGUUCUUAUGAAACUGCACAGAAGUUAUUCAUGAGAUAUAUUCACGACCACCAUAGGUUAGAUUCCACAAGCACUUCGCCAACGAGCCCAGCUUCGCAUAACAUGGAUAUUCAUAUCUACCCAGCCAUUGAAAGCUGUUUGCACCGAACUGCAAGCUUGUAUAUUAAAAGUAAAACGCCUGAAAAGGCAGUUAGUUUAUACAAGACAAUACUUACAACAUUACCUGCCCAUAUACCAUCACAAACGCAUCAAAAAUUCUUACAUAACUUGGCUUCUGUUUUAAUUCGUGGAUUUUCUAAGAUAAGCUACAAGCAAGUUAGUACAGACACUCAUGAACGCUCCAUCUUUUUCCAAGGUGUUAAAAACGUGUUUAUUCCCAACUAUAUACAACAAGAAGCCCUUCUGCUGCUGCUUAUAACAGAAGGCUUGUUGAACCUGGACCCAGUGUUGGAUAUGUCACCCGAACAUGCGGAGAGUCGUGAACAAACUUUAAUGAAAGCUGAAUCGCUGUAUGAUGAUUUAUCGGUAGCUGUUGCGUCACAUGGCCAGUAUCAUAUAUUCACUGAAAGCAUUGAGAGGUCUUUGAAAUAUAACUUCGAUCGUUACCAUUUAUGGAACCAGUUUGCAUUAUCUUUAUGCGCUGAAGGUAAAAUAGAUCGUGGAGUUCAAUGCUUGGCUGAGUGUUGUCGUAUUGAUCCAACUAUUUCAAGCCCUGAUGCGAUCCUUGCUUCACGACUCUGCUACACUAAGCAACCCCCACAAAUAGACGCUGGGUUGAAGUAUGCAGAAUUAGCAUUGGAACAUUCAGAUGAAGACCAUGAUGGCUUGCGGUCAAGAUCUCACCUUUAUAUUGGACUCGGUUGUUCUUUAAAAGCCCUUGGAAGUUUAUCCAAGAAAGACAGGCUUGAAUAUCGAGCAAAGGCGAUAAAAUCCUACACCUCAUCCCAUACAUCUGAUCCCUAUGAUUACAAACCGUUGUUCCAUCUUUCUUUUGAACUUGCUUUGAGUAGAAAAGUAGCUGUUGCAAUCAAAAAGGUGAAGCAAGCGUUAGAACUUCAGCCAGAGGCUUGUGAGUGUUUGCAUUUGUUAGCAUUGUUAUUGUCUGCAAGGAAAUUGCAUUCAGAAGCAAAAGUGAUUCUGCAAUCUGCAUUGAAACUUUACCCAUCUAAUAUUAGCUUGCUUACAACUAAAUGUAGGUUGGAGUUAUGUCUUAUGGAAGAACAGGAUGCACUUCGUACAUGCGAUGAAAUAAUUACAUUAUGCAACAGAGAUUCAACUGAAAACAAACUUUCAAACUCGUUUAACCAACUACCUGUAGAUGGAGUAAGUGUUGCUAACCAAAGUACUGGCACUGAGCUAGAGGUUGGGUCUUUACUUAACUCUGUAAUGGCCUCAAGAAUAGACAGAGUUAACUCUGAUGUAGAGUCGCUUAUGGGAGUUAUACAUCCCAUGUUGCCCCAUAUGUGGUCAGGUAAAUGUACUGCUUGGGUGCAAGUUGCUGAUGUGUAUCUAGCAUUGGAGAGAUACCAGGAAGCAGAACUAUGUGUAGCAGAAGCUGCUGGUUUACAACCAUUGUUGCCUGAUGUAUUGUACAUGAAGGGGAGGCUGUGUGAGUAUAAUGGAGAGCUAGAUGAGGCGUGUUCAUUCUACAAUUCAGCUUUAACCAUCGACCCUUCGCAUUUAGAAUCCACAGAAAAAUUGGCGAAGGUUUUGAGUUCAAACGGGAAUAUUUGUUACGCAAAGAAAGUCCUACAAGAUGCUAUAAGAUUAGAUGCAACGUCGCACACUGUAUGGCAACAACUGUCCGAUCUGCUUGCUGCUACAGAUGAAAUAGACCAAUCUAUUGAAUGUAAUAUAUUUGCGUUGAAUCUAGAGGCCAGUUCUCCUGUGUUACCAUACACGUGUAUAGUUCCGUUUAUAUAAUGUCAUUCUAAAACCUAAAAUAUGUGUUUAUGUAUUUAUAAAAUUAAUAAUAUUAAAUUAGGUACUUUGUGAAAUGUAAUGCUUUUAUUAAACAACCUUUUAGUUUAAUUAAGCAGUCACUAAUUAUGAUUAUAAUAUAUCUUCUAUAUAUAUUAGCUAUUGUGUAUUGUUCGAUUUGUGAAAUUAAUAUGUAUGAAAUGCAGGACUAUUUUCAUGAACAACAUAAAUUACUUGAUAUAUAUUAGGCUGUGGAAAGAUGGGACACCUUUUCAUUCAAUUUUCUCGUCCUCCACCCUACUAUAUAUAAUACUUGAUGUGUUUAUGUUUGAACUUUAACAUUACUGGUGCAAUAUAAUUGUCGUUAACUUUAACAAAUUGUUAAAACUGACCAGACCUUGUUCCUAAUGUAUAUCCACUGUUAUACACCUUAAUACAUGUAUGUUUGGAUACAUAGGGUAAUGAUCUUAACAAUUUAUUGAAAGGGUUUCUUGCUUUUAUAUCUAAUAGCCUUUGAUGUAAAACCCUGGUUCUUAAUCUCAACAAGUUAUUAAAACGGCUGUAAAAUGUAAUAUGUUUUUGCAGUGAAACAUUUUCAGAUAAAAAUUAAUUCUAAAAACAACUGUUUUUUGUUUUAUUUUACCCUUUAUUUCCAAAAAAAUAUAAAUAUUGUUUCUUUUGGUUAGUCACUUGUUUUACGGGCAAUGUUUAUGUAAUUUUCCUCAUUUUAUCAAAUACUGCAUACUAUACAUAAAGUGUUGCCGCGAUGUGUAUUUAAUGUGCUUAUCUUUAGUAAAGUGAAUAUUUCCCUAUAUUUAUGUAUUUAAACUGUCUGUUUUACAGA